AUGUUUGCAAAUAUUCACUCAGUGAAUUCAAAAGAUAUUUUAGUUACUAGAUAAAGAUUGUCGCUGUCGUCGCUGUCCGGAACAUCUUUUGCUGGCGAGGAUAGGGGAGCUAAAUGUCAAAGAAGGAAAAUCCAUACGAUUUGACAGUGUCGCAAAACCCGUAUGGAAUUCAUAGUCAAACCGCCACCGGAUGGACCAGCGUCGAACGAGUGCAGAGAUAUUCUGCUGGAGCUAAUUACGGCAACCAGCGAGCUGCUGACCCACAUCCGGUUCAAAGGAACGUCACCGCAGGAUGCUGACGAAGGCGGUUCUGUGUUGGGAUCGUACGAUCCGGAUCGGUUGGAGCCUCUGUACCGCAGCAUCAAGCGAAUAUUCACGCACCAAAUUACGACCUUGUCGGAGCAGAGUGAGCCCGAUGUGUGGGAAGUGAUCAAGGGCCUACAAUUUUCGAAUCCCGCUAUAUCUUUGCAUGUAAUACGAGCGAGACCAGCUUCGAUAGUCGUUAGUGACGACAAAGGCUUGUUGUGGAUAUUUCAGUGCGUUCAGCAGCGCUGCUUGUCGAAGAAUCUGAACUGGCUCGUCACCGAUAAGGAGCAUAUGGGCCAAUGCUAUGAAUCAACGGCGUAUUUGCGCGACGAUCGUUAUGCCGAUGCAAUGAUGAUUUGUUUCAACGCGCUGGAAAGGGGCCAACCGACGCUACUGUCUAGAAUCGAUCCCGGGUUGUAUGCACAGAACGAUAACACCCUCAUAGGUGGAAUCAAGCGAUCUGAAUCUCAUCCCAACUUUCUGCUGAAGGAUGUUAUGAAAACGAAACAGGAGAAAUGUGGCUUGAAACGGCGACAGACAAUCCAUCAUUCGAAUUCUCGGGCCAAUCUGCGGAGGGAAAAGAUAAGCAAAGGGUCUCGAAGUUUGCCAAAUGUUGCCUUAAAGGAUCAUUAUCAUUCAACCAGAAAGAGGCCACCCGAUUCCGCUGAUGGACAUAAGGAAAAUGAAGUCGCGGGAGUCAGUGUGCCAAAGUUUUGCUACAGUGGAAAAGAAAGUUUGCCAAAACCAUCGUUGAAUGUAUUAAAUUGCGAUAAUAUUAAAAUCUACACCGAUUCUUCUAGUAGUAGUAACCAGCUUGAAGGGGCUACUCCAUCCAAAUCGUCCCUCAAGAAGAUGGUAAGUCGAAGCUCCAAACCCGACUUGUUCAGUUUAGCGACACUAACGGGUAGUCCGAGAAUUCUUCUGAAUGAGUUCAUUCCACAAUGUGGUGAGAAGAUAUGCAAAUCCAACGACAAUAAGAGCGUUGGUAGCAUAUUGAACGAAAUACCAUCUCGUCCCGUCCCUGGUCAAAGUUUGACCUCAUACCUGAAAACGGUUUCAAUCUCUCGCACCAACACCGAACUAGAUCGAGAAAAUGCACAUUUUAGCCUCUCAGAAGCACUAAUCGCGACAUUUGAGCAAUUGAAGUGGAAUGAAGUAGAGAUGGCCACAAAACGACAAGGGCUCCGAAUGCUACCAUCCAACUCGAAUUUCUGGUCUAUUAAUCCCAGUUCGCCACAUUUUCAUGGCAAUCCCAAAGUCAACGAAGGGUGUACGAACAACAUUAGCCCUUCUACUGCUUCUAAAGGAAGUAAUUCAACAGCUGUCUCGUCUCUGUCCGACAGCGGAAGCAGUAGCGUAGAAUCCGGGAAGUCGUAUCCUGGAGAAUUCUCUUCUAAAUAUUCAUCGGGUGACGACGACAUGGAAGCAGUCGAAGCCAGCGAAGAAUGCGACGAUGUGAAAUCAUACUCCGCUGAAGGUGUAGCCCUUAGCCUGCUCUCGAAGUUCAACGAGAAACAAUUGCCCACAGCUUGUGAAAUGCUGUGGCUGGUGUCCGAACAAGAUGCCCCGCAACAGUUGCUUCCGAUUCCAUUGGAUGGGAAUAUCGCCAAUCCGGACGAGCAGAAUGGAAUGCACACCAUCAUACGCGGAACUCGUGAGUGGGCUCCCCCGAGACCUCAAAUAAUCUUCACAUAUUGCAGCCAGUGGCCAGAUCGUCGAGCGCAAAUGAUGAAACAAAACAAUCGGUGCGCAGGCUGCGGUAUGAAAGUCGCACAAGCAUAUUCCAGUCGGUUCCGAUACUGCCAUUAUCUAGGCAAAUACAAUUGCUCCGGAUGCCAUAGGAAUCAGAUGGCAGCGAUUCCAGCGAGAGUCAUCGAACGGUGGGAUUUCACGUUCUAUCCAGUUAGUACAUUCGCCUACCGCUUGCUCAAUGACAUAAAUGCAUGCCCUCUCUAUCGGAUGAACCAUCUGAAUCCAAAGCUGUACGAAAAAGUGCGGGUCCUUCAAAUUGCUCAAAGCGUUCGGAGGAAUUUGAAAUUUGUGUUGGAUUAUAUCUGGAAUUGCCGCUUUGCUGCGGAAAUGAAAGCCCUUUUCCAGAACGUUCCGGAACACAUCACUUCCGACUUGGAUGCUUGGUCCAUGGCCGAAUUCAUUUCUGUUAGAAAUGGUUCCUUCCAAAAGGAGAAGGCCGAAUUAAUAAAGCGCUGCGAGAAACACAUAUUCGAGUGCGAGCUUUGCAUAGCGCAUGGGUUCUUUUGCGAAAACUGUGAUCGCAAGGAGAUUCUAUUUCCUUGGCAAAAACGAGUAGUCAAAUGUAGCAAAUGUGGCGCCUGCUAUCACGACACCUGCUGGCUGUCCGACUGUGUAAAGUGCGAUCGACUGCAACGCCGUAUGGUAAGCAAAAAGUGAUCAAUAAUCAAUCCAAUAUGCAUACACGAGGUGUUCAAUAUUAUGAUACCAUGAUUUUAUUUUGGUUAGCCUUAUUAAACAUGACGGAAUAUCUACAAAGCAUA